GUUUGGAGAAUAAAAUAUGGGGUAGGAUAGGAGAUGCCCGAUAGCCACCCACCCCCAACCCUUUAACAGGGUUUUCUUUUCUAUAUAUAUAUAAUAUAUAUACGCAUAAGUUUUUUAUUUCAGUUGUUGGCUUCUUGCUUAUUCUUCCCCAGGUAUUCUUGCUAUCGGCUAUCCUGUAUGGUGAAUCCCAGGUGCUCAAAAUAAGUUUUAAACAGUUUUAAGUGUUUGGUUAAAGUUAAAAAGUGUGUUUAUAUACUCUCAUGGCGAAAAGACAUCAACUUUCCAAUAAUUUUGCUCUAAAGAAGUGCUCUGCAGAGGAUCACAUUAGUAAGUUACCUGAUGAAAUUCUUGUACAUAUACUGUCUUUCCUUACUGUUAAGGAAGCAGCAGACACCAGUGUCCUCUCCAAAAGAUGGUUACCCUUGUGGACAUAUAUUUAUAGGCUUGAUUUUAAUGCCACCAAACCAUUAAAUGAAGUAGCAUUAAAUCCCAAGCUGAGGAAAAUGUAUAUGAAGAAGUACAUCAGAUGGGUCAGCCGUACUUUGAAAAUGUGCAAAGUUGAGAGAUUAGACCAAUUUCGUAUUUCUUUUGAUUUAAACAAAUUUGCCCAGCAUAAGAUUGAUAGGUGGCUUGAGUUUGCCGUUGCUAGGCAAGUUCAAAGGCUAGAGUUGGACUUGUUAGAUGGUGGGGAUUUACCUCAAUAUAUUGGGAGUUGUUAUAACUUCCCCGUCCAACACUUUGGUCUCAAUGACUAUGACUAUUCUGCUCAACCUCGUUUGAACAAGCUGCCACCUCUCUUGCAUAAUUUUUUUAAGUCUUUAAAGGUACUGUUAUUCAAGUCCGUAAAUUUGACUGGGGAAGUUGUUGAGUUCUUCAUUUACAAUUGUCCAUCUCUUGAAGAACUGACGGUUCAUGCAUCGGAAACGUUGGUAAAUCUUCAAGUCGUUGGUCCUUCCGUCAAGUUGAAAUACUUGAGUAUAUGGUACUGUAUAGCACUAAAAUCACUUAAAAUCUGUGAUACAAACCUUGUAACACUUUCGACUACAUUAUCAGCAGCUCGAUUAUUGCUUGUUAAUGUUCCGAUGCUGAUUGAGUUACAUGCUUUGGGUUUUCCCACAAAUAUUUUGGAUGCCAUGUUGCCUUGUAUUUCUUCUUGUGUUCUUUCUCAGCUAGAGGUCCUCAAGAUAAAUUCUGACAUUACAAUAUUUGGUAAACAUUCUGAGUAUGGAUUGGUUUAUUUGGGGAAAUACAAGAUUCCUCAACUUACCAUGCUCAAGAAAUUUGUCUUAGUUUUGGAAGCAUGGGAGGACAGAACUUUCUUAGAUUGCACUAAAGUCAUAGAGGCUGCUCCACAGUUGACGGAAUUCGAGUUGAAUUUGAUAUGGAUCAAACCAAAGAGGUCAAAAAGAGAGUGUAGAAAGGUCGCAAGCUGUCCUCUUCAUCACCUCAAAGUGCUCAAGCUGUACGGAUAUUAUGGCCGUACUAGUGAGCUUGAACUCGUUAGAUAUUUUUUGGAAAAUGCUAUUGUGCUUGAGAAAAUCUUGGUUGAUCCUCUUCCACUAGAUAAUUUUCGUAUCGAGGGGGAACCAAGGGAAAGUAAGCCUGUGCGAAUUGCAAGAAAAUACGCUAAGCUCCAGCUUGAAAGAGAAGUGCCUUCGCAUAUUGAGUUGGUGAUACUGUGAAAGUAUGUUUGUUCGGAAAUAAUAUCUAUGUUACUUUUCAGUUAUUUUUACUCUUAAAUUAAUGACAAAAUUGUAUUUUUACUA